AGCUCGAUGUUUACCAGAGAGACACUAUGACCGAAGAUGACGAUGAUAAAGGCGCCCCAACUCGCUACAGCAAUAUACAACUACACUUCCAAUAACAAGGAUGAACUUAAUCUUAGGAAGGGAGACAAAGUACAGAUAUUCUCGAAAGAUCCCCUGCUUAGCGGAGACGAAGGAUGGUGGAUUGGUCAGAUCUACAAACAUGCUGACAACGCCAAAGCUGCUCCCUUCGUCGGAGUCUUCCCUCACAACUUCGUGGAGGCACACAACAUACAGAACAUCGAAGUGAACGACAUCCAGAUAGGGGAGGUGGUGGGAUAUGGUGGCUUCGGUAAAAUCUACAAGGGAGCUUACAACGGCAAAGAGGUAGCCGUAAAGGAAGCACGAGAGAUAAUCGGCAACUUAGAAGCUGAUAUCUAUCAGGAGUUCCUACUGGAAGCCCAUACUAUCCACGAUCUACAGCAUGAUAACAUUACUUCUCUUUACGGGGUGUGUAUAAGACCGCCCCAAAAGUUGUGUUUAGUGUUGGAGUUUGCAUACGGUGGAUCGUUGUACGAUGUACUCAAACAGUUCGGACUACCCGCAAAUGUCAUUGUUAACUGGUCCAAACAAUUGGCUAAUGGAAUGUCCUACAUCCAUUCCAAAAAAGUCAUCCAUCGAGAUCUAAAAAGUGGAAACAUUCUCCUGGCCAAGGACUUGAGACAGACAAGCUUAAUGGAAAACACUGUUAAAAUAACUGAUUUCGGGAUGGCUCGCCACAUGGAGAAAACAGCCAACCUCAGCAAGAUGGGUACCUUCAGGUGGAUGAGCCCUGAGGUCCUCCGAGAUUCUCAGUACAGUCAAGCUAGCGACGUUUGGAGUUUCGGUGUCGUAGUAUGGGAAAUGUUGACGGGAGAAGUUCCAUUCUCUAAAUUUGAAGACUGGGCAGUACAGUAUAAAGUGGCAGCUGGAAAGAUGACACUCCCAAUCCCCGAAACCUGUCCUGACGACAUCAAGGAUCUGCUUGCUUCGAUCUGGAAUUACGACAGAAAAGAGCGGCCCAUAUUUUCCAACAUUUGUUCUACAUUAGAAGAAAUCAGUCAGACUGAGUUUGUAAACCUUGAAGACAGCGACUUUAGGUCUAUGAGGCUGGAAUGGCAGGAUGAGCUGGAGAUGAUAUAUAGGGAGCUCCAGGAGAAGGAGGAUCAACUUUUCCAGAGAGAGACAGAGGUAAACAAAAAGCAGCAAGAGAUGGAGGAGAAAGCGCACACUUUACAACAAGAAAAAGCUAACCUCAAUCUCGAACAACAGGAGCUUAACAAGGUGCUACUGGAGCUGUGUAUGGUGAUGAUUAGUCAGAGGAAAACUACUGGACUGGAAACGAACCCUGUGGCUGCCACCCCUCACCCCUGCAAACGGAAGAUAACGAAAAAGAUGAACAGCGUUGACAUCAGCGAACCACAAGACUUCAAGCACAUAUUCCACUACCCCAACUCAGGAAUGGAUGAUUCCAGUGAGGACACGAAGAAAUAUGUCAAGCUGUUACUGGAAGAAACAACGGCACUGCGCAGUAAUGUGGGUACACAUGACCCAGUCAGGGGGUGGUCUGUUGCUGCUAAUCCUACCGUUAACAACAAGGACCCUGCUUCAACUUCUCAUGAAUAUCAACGGAGGUACAGUGAGAAGUAUGGUCCAGAGAAACACUCCGUCUUCGCUCGGAGGAAGAAACCAAGCACUGACUCUUCAAACUCUGAAGGGAAGAAGAACAGUAAACGCAAACACAAUUACUCUGCGAGUAAUAGCGGUGAAGAUGGUGUCAGAAAUCUUACUCCAGAACCGGAGGAGAAAUCUGUGAAUGUAGCGAAGUUCUUUGAUUUCUCCAAGUUAACGAGAAGGGGCAGCGGGGGAACGUCCAGAUCCCAGUUUUACUACGACUCAGCAGAGAUCCCCAACCUGGAGCUGAACGUGCCCCAGGAUCCCAACUACGAGCCAGAGGACACCCCCACCUCCACCCCCUCCUCCUCCACCCCCAAGAAGGGGCACCGCCGCAGUAAGUCCUGGGGCCUGCCCACGCCCCCGGCUCUCCCGCCCACGGAGGAACAAGAAGACCCGCUCUCCAACCAAAUAAAUACAUCGGCCCCAGCUCCAGCUCCUGCCGCUUCAACUCCCACGUCCUCAAAGAUAUUCCCCAAGUUCCCCAGCUUCGGCAAGGGCAAGAAGAAAAAGAAGAAAGGUCACAAUAGGUCGUUGUCCUGGGGGGCGAACAAGGAGCCAGAAGUGGUAACCAACCCCCCGCCCCACGAUAACGGCACAGAGUCAUCUACUGGCACCGAGCCAACAACCCAGACCACCCAGCAGACUCCCAAUCUGGACUCAGGAGUGUACAGUUCACAUUACGAUUCAGGGGGCUCCGUAUCCCCGGAGAGUAAUGGUCAGGUGGGUAACUGCUCCGUCUCUAUCACACCUCCUACCCCGGAGAAAGUCAACAAAAACAGUCCCUCCUCCGUCGCCAAGAGCAAGAAAAAGAGUUGAUAGAAGAUCUGUUUAGAGAAUGUGUUCACAAGAUAUGUUGCUAUGGUAACUACAAUCCAGCCCACUGUGGUGUGAAGUGUAACCAUGGUAUCAGACUACCAGUCUUAAGGGUGGAUCACCAUGGUAACGGUGUAAUGUUACAGCCGAGAACUGGUAUUUUACAGAGCUGAGAAAGGAAUACAGCGGGUUGGAACAAACGAAUAAAGUGUCUCAAAGUGUUACCUUCACUGAUAUUAGAGAAUCGCUUUUUGAAGAUGAGUAAGGAGGUUUAAGUUUCAACUUGCUGUAGUACAGAGAGGGGGUAAUCUUAGCAUGGGUCUUUCCCAAAGUUUCUUGGAUGGUUUUCAAUAAAAUCGUUAUAGCGGGUGGGAAACCUGAAAAGUCGGUGACAUAAUCCAAAAUUUUGAAUGAACUUUUUGUAAAAGAGCGGUCUGUUGUUGCUGUUUUAUCUAUCAUCUCAAAAAUUUGUAAUCUUUUGUAAAAAUGUUAAAUCAAGAGGAUUAGUGGUUGUUAUGAUACAAAUUCUAUCAACUGGGAUUAAAAUUAAGUGAUGUGGUAAGAUUCAAGUAGAUUAAGUUUGUGAUUGAAUGCUUUGAUUUUUGAACAGAUUAUUUCUGCACUAAUUUUGUCAUUCAAAAUAUAGAGAUAUCGAGAUACAAGUUUGAGUUGUGUAUAUUACAAUAUAUUAUAAUUAAAUUACAUAUUAUAAUUAAAUUAUUGAAUUAAAGGGUCAAGCUUAAUACUGAGUUUUGUUUACUGAGUGAUAUUUUACUGUCGUUUCUCUCUCUCUCUCUUCAAUCCUGCAUACUCCAGUUAUUUAAAGAUAGAGCUAUUAUUUCAAACCUUGUCGUGCAA